GCAGGGGGCGUGUACUAGGCCGGUUGCCAUGAGAGCGGUGGCCCUGGCGAUGGAGCCGGAGUGAAGUAGGUGAGGGGGGGGAGGGAUCGUUGCCCCGCUCGCGGUCCUGUCAUGCCCGAGCUCAACUGUGCAGAAUGCCACACAAAAUUGGAUUCGUAGUUAUCAGUUCAUCAGGACAUGAAGAUGGCUUCAGUGCAAAAGAACUGAUGGUUCAUGCACCAACAGUCAAUGGAUGGAGAUCACCAAGGUACUACUCUGCCAGUAUCCACAAGAAAUCGUCCUUCAGAUGAUGGAGAGAUGUCGAGUUCGAAAGCUGCAAUUACUCGCUCACCAGUAUAUGAUUUCAAGCAAAAUUGAGUUCUACAUUAGUGAAAAUCUGCCUGAGUACUUUGCACCGUAUCAGUCAGAGCGGUUUCGCAGACUGGGUUAUGUCUCUCUCUCAGACAAUGAGAAGACCGGGUACAAAGCACGGGAGCUGAAGUCAGUCUACGUGGAUGCAGUAGGACAGUAUCUAAAACUCACUUUCCAUAAAAAUUACAUCAAUAGAUACAACUUAUACAGUCAGGUUGCUCUGGUAGCAAUAAAUAUAAUUGGGGAACCUGCAGACUACAGCAAUGACAGCAAUAACCCUUCAAGAGAGAAGCUGAUUGACCAUUACCUUGGGAACAAUCCAGAUGACCUAGCCUUAGACGGAACAUACCUCGGAAAACCUGACUCUAUUUCACCACUGGAUGAUUUGGCUUUUGAUAUGUACCAGGAUCCGGAAGUUGCUCAGAUAAUUCGUAAACUGGAUGAGAAAAAGCAUGAAGCUGUCCAUCAUGAACGUUAUGACUAUGCCAAGAAACUCAAACAAGCUAUUGCUGACUUGCAAAAGGUUGGGGAACGACUCGGGCGGUAUGAGGUAGAAAAGCGCUGUGCUGUAGAGAAGGAAGAUUAUGAUCUUGCUAAACAGAAGAAACAGCAGAUGGAAGAGUACCGCCUGAAGGUGUAUCAGCAACUGGAGCUGCACAACCUUCUGGAUCCAGAGCUGAUGAUCCGAAGACCUCCUGAAUUGCCACUUGAGCCUAUGGUUUAUUCAGUUAGCCCUCGGCAAAAGAAACCCAUGCAGUCACCCCAGCAUGAGAAAACAGAAGCACAGAAGACUGAGCCUUUGUCACAAGAAAAGCCACCCAAGACAACUUCCCCUGAGCCCACUGUUCCUGAACACGCCGCUUCUCCUGUUGCUCAGCCACCAGUCUCUGUAGAGGGUUUUCCAAAGAUAAAUGUUGAAUUUUUGCCAUAUGAUGAGAGACCUCUUCCAGCUAUUCGUAAGCAGCAUGAGGAUGGAUUUGCCUACCUUGAGCCAGAGAUGAAUGAAGAAGAUAUCAGUGAUACUCCAAGAAGUGGCAUCACUGGAGAACCAGAACCAUUAACUGAGAAAGCGCUGAGGGAGGCUAGCCCUGCCAUUGAAGUUUUCGGAGAGGCCUUGGUUGCAGGAGCAUAUUCCAAGACUUGGUCAUAUCGAGAAGAUGCAUUGCUUGCUAUAUAUAAAAAGCUGAUGGAAAUGUCUGCCAGCACAUCUAAGGAUGAUUUAAAGAAUAUGCUUAGAGCUGCUGUCUUUCUUAUAAGAAGAGCCAUAAAAGACAUAGUGUCUUCAGUUUUCCAAGCUUCCCUGAAACUUUUGAAAAUGAUCAUCACUCAGUAUAUACCAAAGCAUAAACUAGGUAAACUGGAAACAGCUCAUUGUGUGGAAAGAACGCUUCCAAAUCUGCUUUCUAGAACAGGAGACUCCUCAACCCGUCUUCGUAUUGUGGCUGCCAACUUCAUUCAGGAAAUGGCACUAUGUAAUGAAGUUAAACCUCUUCAAAUCAUUCCGGUUCAUCUGGUCCAACCAUUGAAACCGAAUUCCCCUACUCAUCUGGCAAUGAGUCAGGUGGACUUGGUGGAACGGCUGUUGAAAGACCUGGGAACAGAAAACUCUGGGUUUACCAUUGACAAUGUCAUGAGGUUUGCGACAGGGGCAUUGGAGCACAGAGUAUAUGAGGUACGCGAUACAGCAUUACGGAUUAUCUUCGACAUGUACAGGCAGCACCAGGCCAUUAUACUGGACUAUCUUCCUCCAGAUGAUGCCAACACACGCAAGAAUGUUCUCUAUAAAACACUCUUUGAUGGAUUUACUAAAAUAGAUGGUAGACUUACUGAGGCUGAGCUUAGGGCACAGAAAAAGGCGGCCACAGAAGAAGCAGAAAAACAGAAGAAAGAGGAGAUUAAGGCCCUGCAAGGGCAGCUAGCAGCACUGAAGGAGAUCCAGGCAGAAGUUCAGGCUGGAAAGGAGAAAGAAAAUGAUUUUCAGAAGCCAAAGACUCAAGGUGAGCAGGUAAAGAAAGUCACCCUACCUGUGGCAACAGAGAUUCCAGAUGAUCAUUCCUCGGUUGCAAAUUAUUUAGAUAACCUAUGCAUUUUUUGUGGUGAAAGGGACGAAUCCUUCACAGAGGAAGGCUUGGAUCUCCAUUACUGGAAACAUUGCCCUAUGUUGACAAGAUGUGAGCACUGCAAACAGGUGGUGGAGAUAGCAAGCCUGACAGAGCACUUGCUGACUGAGUGUGAUAAAAAAGAUGGCUUUGGGAAAUGUCAGCGCUGUAGCGAGGCCAUUCCAAAAGAGGAACUAGCCAAACAUGUGAAGGGCAAGACUUGCAAUCCUGCAAAACCAGAAAAGGUGGCAAACCAUUGUCCAUUGUGCCAUGAAAACUUCGCCCCAGGAGAGGAGGCGUGGAAAUCUCACUUAAUGGGCAAAGAUGGCUGUAAAAUGAAUCUGCGGAGGGCGCAUACACUCAAUAAAACUCUGCUGAUGCAGCCUGGCAAAGCAGCAGGAUUAACCAUAAACAAAUCAGGUCCUACGGCAACAAAGGUUCGAUCCCCCUCUGUAGGAAGCAAGAUCCCUACCCCAAAAGGGGGCCUGAAUAAAAGCACUGGCAGAACAUAUGCAAAGCGAUGACAAGAGAA